AUGGAGUCCCCCUUCUGGCCAUCCUUUACUAAACUGUGGCACGUAGAGCCUUACCCUUCCAUAUCCCCAACCCGCCCGGAGCUCUCUGCAGCAGGCAAAACAGUCGUCGUCACCGGUGGCGCGACCGGAAUCGGCCUGAGCAUCACGCGCGCCUUUGCCGCGGCCGGGUGCACCAGGAUCGCCAUCCUCGCUCGCAGAGAGGAUAAGCUCCUUGCCGCGAAGGCGCUGAUCGAAAAGGAGUUCCCGGGCGUGCAAGUCCUCGCUCUCGUGACGGAUAUUGCCAACGAGAAGCAGGUCGACGCGAGCUUUGCCAAGAUCGCCGAGGUCUUUGACGACAGCAGCAGCAAUGGUGCCAGCGUGAAUGGAAGCGCAAACGGGCGCGGAAAAGGCAAGAUUGACGUCCUGGUCGCCAACUCGGGCUUCUUCCCCACGCCCGGUGGCAUUCUGGACCCAAAGACCGACCUCGCCGACUGGUGGCGGGGGUUCGAGACAAACGUGCUCGGCUUGAUACACGUUUCGCGCGCGUUUCUUCGGCACUCCAAGCCCCUUAUCGCCGGGGAGCGAGGAGGGCCCCGGAUCAUCAACAUCUCCACGGGGAUUGCGACCAUCCCGCCGAUGCAGCAGGGAAUUUCGGCGUACGCCGGCAGCAAGGCGGCUGGGGGGAAGGUCUUUGACUAUAUUGCAAUGGAGAACCCGGGACUGAAGGUGUUCAACUUGCACCCAGGGAUUGUGACGACAGACAUGUCCAGGAAGAGCGGACGUGACGGCUCAGAUCAUAUUGAUCUGCCUGGCCACUUCUGCGUAUGGCUCGCGAGCCCCGAGGCCGACUUCCUCAGCGGCAAGUGGCAGUGGGUGAACUGGGACGUGGACGAGCUCAAGGCCAGGGAGAAGGAGAUCACCAGCACGCCGCUCCUGACUACCAUGCUCGACGGCAUGUCCUUCCACGACUUCAAGGGGGACUUCAGUAGCAUUUAA